AUUUGAGCUGAUCCCAUUAGCUCCACCCUUAAUUUUCUUCUAGAGUUCCCUUGACUUCUUCAGAUUGUUCCAUGAGUAUUCAGUAUGCCCACCGCUUUCCGGAGCGAUAUGAGUUGCAUGGAUGUGUCCAUUGGGAAGAAUAGGUGUAGGAGUACUUGGGAGCACAGCGCGGCUCAGGACGGGUGAUGACUUGUGGGGUCCACCUCCAUCCCACAGCCAUGUCCUGCUACGAUCUGUGCCGUCCCUGUGGCCCGACCCCGCUGGCCAACAGCUGCAACGAGCCCUGUGUGCGCCAGUGCCAGGACUCGCGGGUGGUGAUUGAACCAUCUCCUGUGGUGGUCACCCUGCCCGGACCCAUCCUCAGCUCCUUCCCCCAGAACACCGCUGUGGGCUCCUCAGCAUCUGCUGCUGUUGGCAACAUCCUGAGUGCUGAAGGUGUGCCCAUCUCCUCCGGUGGCUUUGGCAUCUCUGGCCUGGGCAGCCGUUUCUCUGGCAGGAGGUGCCUGCCCUACUAAGGAUGAAAUGGAUGUCCCAUAAGCCCAUUGCCCAGGGAAGCUUGAAGCCAGAUGCCGGACUGAGGAUGAAGCUGCUGGCCUGCGUUUUCAGAUGGGCUGAACACUCUCAUGCCCUGCUGCAAAGCCUGUGUUGUCUGAAAACAUGGCCCUGUGAUGUCAUUUUCUUUUUCCACUUUCUUCUCAUCGUCAUGAGUCCAUAGUAUCUCCUGCUGUUCUGUACAAUGGGUUCAUCCUGAAGCAAGUUUAGAUGCUCCUGCUUUUUCUCCCUCUCACCAUGUGAGGAAGGAAGAUGUGCAUCCCGUUCUGGUGAAGGGAUGUCUGAAUACCAGCUGCUCUUGUAGCAGCCUGGACCAGAUCCCUUACCCCAUGCAUUGCUUUAUUUUCUACCUUCAGACUCAAUAAAUUUAUGCUGCAUUGUUA